UGUAGACAUCGUGAAAGCGGUUGCAAUCUUUAAAAAAAAAAAAGUCACUUUUGAACAAAACAUGGGGGUGGGCUUCCUGGGGCUUCCCUCUCAGUUGUGAAAUUCCCUUUAUUUGCAAGCAAAAUAUCGAUAAGAAACCUCAUUAGCAUAAGCUCCUCCCCCUAGUACUCCAAUAGGCUGUGCUCUGCCUGUCGCUGGCUCACACGGGGGUGUGUGAGGUAUGGAGACGCAGCUCACUCUGUGCUCUAGUUAUGGAAUGUCUUCGCCGGCGUUCUGUUCCAGGGGACAUCAAGGAGAGCGCCGUCGCCAUGGAGUAUAACAAUGACAACGCCGGAUUAGAACUUUUGCUGGCGCACAUGAACAUUGAGGACAUCAUCAACGCAGUGGAAAAUUUCUACCCCUGCGCGGAGUCGGGCGCCUCGUCGGAGGAGGGCCUCUCCCAGGAGGACAUGGACGAGAACGAGGAGGCGGCGGACUCUCUGACUCUGGAGGGGACCCCGGCGCUCGGCGGCGUGAGAUACGGGACCGUCUCCGACCUCCUGUCUUUCGUCAACUUGAUGUCAGACGCGCAGGCUGCGUCGCUGAAACAUCUGACAGAGGAGCUAGGCGUCCUGCUUAACAAGCAGACAGACAUGGUCAUCAAAGAGGGCCGGUACCGCAUCGACUCGGACGUGUUCCUCUUCCCGUGGAAACUGACCUACAAGAGUCCUGGCUCUGGCCACGUCCCAAAAGGCUCCUUCGGGAAAGUCCACCUGGCCCAGGACACGGAGACCAGGAAGCGAAUGGCAUGCAAGUUGAUCCCCCUGGAGCACUUCAGACCGGCCGACGUGGAGAUCCAGGCCCGCUUCCGGCACGAGAACAUCGCCGAGCUGUACGGCGCCAUCCUGUGGGACCAGACCAUUCACCUGUUCAUGGAGGCCGGCGAGGGCGGCUCAGUGAUGGAGAAGCUGGACAGCUGCGGGCCCAUGAGGGAGUUCGAGAUCAUCUGGGUCACCAAGCAGGUCCUGCGGGGGCUGGACUACCUGCACUCCCACAACGUCAUCCACCACGACAUCAAACCCAGCAACAUUGUCUUGAUGUCCGACAAAGCUGUCCUGGUGGACUUUGGACUAAGUGUACAAAUGACAGGGGACAUGUACACUCCGAGGGACCUGCGCGGGACGGAGAUGUACAUGAGUCCGGAGGUGGUUCUGUGCAGGGGCCACAACACCAAAGCAGACAUCUACAGUCUGGGCACCACCAUCAUCCACAUGCAGACGGGCAGCCCUCCCUGGGUGCGGAGAUACCCCCGCUCCGACCACCCUUCCUACCUCUACAUAAUCCACAUGCGGGCCCCGCCCCUGGAGGACAUCGCGGAGGACUGCAGCCCGGCCAUGCGCAGCUUCCUGGAGCGGGCGCUGGAGAAGAACCCCCGUCUGCGCAGCUCUGCGUCGGAGCUCCUGCGGGACGAGGCCAUCAACCCCCCCCGUGAGGACCAGCCCCGCUGCUGGAGCCUGGACUCCGCCCUGGGGGAGAGCUCCCACCCGCUGCUGCGGCAGCACAGCCAGCUGCCCGACACCAUGCAGGAGUCCUCCCUGUACAGCAGUGAUGACUCCGCCCACCUCAGGAGAAGAGGAUCCCUGUACGUCGACCUGGGCGCUCUGGUGGGCUACUACAACAUUGUGCGAGGACCCCCGACCUCAGAGUACGGCUAAGGCCCGCCCCCUCGGCUGCCAGCUUUACUCACAAAGGGACAGAGGGGACUGCCGAAAUGCUCAGGGUCUGAGGCUGAGCUGAUGCCAGCGCCUCUGAGCUGGGACUGUGUCCAGCACUCCUGGUCUGUAGUUUAGCGCACAGAGACCCAGAGUCAUUAGCACUAGCGACGGUGUUACAUGCUGAGAAAAAGUGCACAAAGCUGGUGCCCAUUUCACACCUCUGGGUGGUACUCACCAGGCAUUGAUGCAUGCUGGGAUAUCAAGCUCUGUGUGAAUAUGUGCGUAUUCUGUAGGUAUGUAAGUGUACUGAAAGGGGUUUUGUCAUCACGCUGUUGUGUGGCUGUUUUGUUUGUCCAUGGUGGUUUGAGGACGGAAAAAAAAAUUGUAUAUUUUUUUAAUCGCUCAUAUUAAUAUACUUUUUCCUAUGGAAACAGAUUACUCUAAGUAAUUGCUAUGCAAGUAACCCUCACAUCUGUAUUCAGCUGGCAAAAUCUUUCUUGUGGAAUCGAUCACCUGUUGAUUUCUUUUUUUUUUUUUGUCUGUUUUCAGUGUACAUCCAAUGAGAUGAAAAAUUGAUAUACUGUAAUGCCCAUUUAGCAUUUUCUAAUUAUUAUUUGUUUAUUUAGUUUAUUCUUUUUGUAUUUCUUUCCCUUCCAUGCAUAAUCCUCUUCAAGAUGUGUGAAUGUGGGUGACUGGGAAAUAUUUCAUCAAGCAUUUUAUGUAUGUUGGUAACAUUGAUAUUAAAAUAUAGUUUUUUUGC